AUGAAUCUGGCAAAUUAUUCUUACUUCUCUGGCAUGUGCAACAUGACCGCGGAGAGCCAGCACUCGCCUGCGGAGGCCAGUCCUGUUGUCAUGUCUCCUAAUGUGAGCCUGGACUCUCCGCUGCCUCCUCCGCCUCUGAUGCUGCAGACCAGGUCCAAGGACAGUAACAUCCUGAUCAAGUCCGAACCCCGGGGGAACAGUCCGAACACUGAGGACGCGGCGGCUCUGGGCCAGACGGAGGAGCACCUGCCCACCGGGAGCCGCCGGAGGAAGAGGCCCGUCCAGAGGGGGAAGCCUCCGUACAGCUACAUCGCACUCAUCGCCAUGGCCAUCGCCAACUCCCCGGACAGAAAACUGACCCUGGGGGGGAUUUAUAAGUUCAUCAUGGAGCGCUUUCCUUUCUACCGGGAGAACUCCAAGAAGUGGCAGAACUCCAUCCGCCACAACCUCACCCUCAAUGACUGCUUUGUGAAUCCCCGGGAGCCCGGCAGACCCGGGAAAGGCAACUACUGGACUUUGGACCCCGCAGCCGAGGACAUGUUUGACAACGGGAGCUUUUUGAGAAGAAGGAAAAGGUUCAAGCGCACUGAUGUGAGCACCUAUCCCGGGUACAUGCAGAGCUCCAGCGCCUUUACGCCGACCCCCAUGGGCAGACCCUCCUACCCUAACACCCUGUACGCGGGGAUAGGGUCCGGGUACGGCUCUCAGCUGACCGCCGCAUCCCCGCAUCCGGCCAUGCUGCAUCACUACCAGACAUCCGCCGGGGUCGGCCAGGGACAACCGCGCAUGUUCAGCAUCGACAACAUCAUCAGCCAGCAGACCGUGGUCCAGAGCGGACCCGGAGGAGACCUGAACGCACAAGCUCUGGGCCUGGGAGGAGGAGAGCUGGGUACCAUGACCUCCAGCUGCUCGGUCCCCACCGGCCCAGACCCAUCCGGGUGCUUCCAGACCCAGACUGUCAACCCUUCUGCCAACAUGCUGAGCAGAAACAGCGGCAACAUCUCCUCCAACCUGGCCGCCGGGUACCCCUACUCCACCUCGGCCUCUCCGCCGAACCUGCCCACCAUGACCCAGUCCGGGUUCUCCCCGGGGGGCUCUCAGGUGUACUGCACGGGUAACCGGCUGUCUCUACCGGCUCUGCGCCCCGGCUCCUGCGCAGAACACACGGAGCAGCUGCUGGGUCUGUCCGGGCCCAUGAACUCCUACAACAACUCCUACAUGAGACAGGCCAACUUUGCAUCAGGACUGGAGCGGUACAUGUGA